AAUUGCCAAUGACCCUCCUUGAUGUGGUACAGUCACGACAGAUGGCGUUCGGACACAAACGUAAACAGACAAGGAAGCGGGAAGAAGCAGGAGGCAGCACAGGUGGGCGGGAUCUUCACUGGAGGCGGUGCGACAGCGCGGGGAGGUGCAGGCUGGCGGAACCCGCGUGAGCAAGGUAUGUUUUGUCAAUUGAGAGUGCCGAAGAGAUACGAGAGUAUGUUACUGAUCUCCUUCAGGGAAAUGAAGGCAAAAAAGGUCAAUUCAUAGAAGAGCUUAUAACCAAAUGGCAAAAGAAUGAUCAAGAGUUGAUUUCUGAUCCUUUGCAACAGUGCUUAAAAAAAGAUGAAAUUUUAGAUGGACAGAGAUCAGGAGACCAACUAAAGCGUGGUAGGCGGAAAGGGAGAAACAAACAGGAAGUUCCUGCUUUUGCUGAACCUGACACAACUGCAGAGGUCAAAACACCUUUUGAUUUGGCCAAGGCACAAGAGAACAGCAACUCCGUAAAGAAGAAGACAAAGUUUGUCAAUUUAUACGCAAGAGAGGGACAGGACAGGCUUGCAGUCCUGCUCCCCGGUCGCCACCCUUGUGACUGCCUGGGCCAGAAGCACAAGCUCAUCAAUAACUGUCUGAUCUGUGGCCGCAUUGUCUGUGAACAAGAGGGUUCCGGCCCCUGCUUAUUCUGUGGCACUCUGGUAUGUACUCAUGAAGAACAGGAUAUUUUACAACGUGACUCAAACAAGAGCCAGAAACUGCUAAAGAAGCUCAUGUCAGGGAUGGAGAAUUCUGGGAAGGCAGACAUCUCUACCAAGGACCUUCUUCCUCAUCAAGAAUUGCGAAUUAAGUCUGGUCUGGAAAAGGCCAUCAAGCAUAAAGACAAACUAUUAGAGUUUGACAGAACUAGCAUUCGAAGGACCCAAGUCAUUGAUGAUGAGUCAGAUUAUUUUGCCAGUGAUUCUAACCAGUGGUUAUCCAAACUUGAGCGGGAAACCCUGCAGAAGCGAGAGGAGGAGCUGAGAGAACUUCGACAUGCCUCUCGACUUUCUAAGAAGAUCACCAUUGACUUUGCAGGCAGGAAGAUCCUGGAAGAAGAAAAUCCACUAGCAGAGUAUCAUAGCAGACUAGAUGAGACAAUACAGGCCAUUGCCAAUGGAACCUUGAACCAGCCACUGACCAAAUUGGAUAGAUCUUCUGAAGAUCCGUUGGGAGUUCUGGUAAAUCCCAACCUGUACCAGUCCCCUCCCCAGUGGGUCGACUACACAGGUACAGCCUCACAGAAGAAGGCUUUCCAUUCAGCAGGAUCAGAACUAGACUUCAGUUCAUUUCAGCACCAGUUGCGAAUCCAGGAUCAAGAAUUUCAAGAAGGCUUUGAUGGUGGCUGGUGCCUCUCUAUACAUCAGCCCUGGGCUUCUCUGCUAGUCAGAGGGAUUAAAAGGGUGGAGGGCAGAUCCUGGUAUACCCCCCAUAGAGGACGACUUUGGAUAGCAGCCACAGCCAAAAAACCCUCCCCUCAAGAAGUCUCAGAACUCCAGGCUACAUAUCGUCUUCUUCGUGGGAAAGAUGUGGAAUUUCCCAAUGACUAUCCAUCAGGUUGUCUUCUGGGCUGUGUGGACCUAACUGACUGCUUGUCUCAGAAGCAAUUUAAGGAGCAGUUUCCAGACAUCAGUCAAGAAUCUGAUUCUCCAUUUGUUUUCAUCUGCAAAAAUCCCCAGGAAAUGGUCGUGAAGUUUCCUAUUAAAGGAAAUCCAAAAAUCUGGAAACUGGAUUCCAAGAUCCAUCAAGGAGCAAAGAAGGGGUUAAUGAAGCAGAAUAAAGCUGUCUGACACAGGAGAAAAGAAACUAUACAGCAUAGUGAAGUUUUUUGUACACUAAAAUUGCUGUCCAGUGGUCCUUUGGAAUUGAAACAGUAGAAAUCUAAAGACUUGGUAUCAGGCUUGAAUUUCUCAGAACUUAAAACUCUUACCAAAAUCUGUAUAUUUUUCUUAAAGAAUGGGAUUCUUACUUUAUGUAGUGGGUCAAAAUCUUUGAAUAUGUUCUUUAUAAAAACCUAUUUUAAAAAGUCUA